CAUUGUCAGUUUGCCAGCGGAGAUCGCGCGCUCUUGGCUAAUAGCUUGGCUUGUUAACGUUAACUGUUUUGUCUACUUGUAUGUAUACUGGCAAGCUUUCUUGCCUCUCUCUGGCAUAAUAUAAUCCGUGUUCGGGCCGCGUUCACCUUUUGCUACAAUUGUACACAUAUACAGAAAAUGUAGCUCUAAGUGUCAAAGAAACCAUCAUCACAACUACAAAAAGAAAAAAAAAAAAAGAAAAACGGGCGUCGUAGGAAAAGUGCUUACCAUUUCAUUUUUGUUCAUUUUCUAAUACACAUACGUAUGUACAUUUGUAUAUAUGUACAAAGAAAACACGUUCGAACGUAAAAAAAUUGCCCUGAGAAAAGUUAUAAAAUACCAAAAAGGUUAUGCAGAUAUCUCCCCUAUGUAUACUCCCACGCUAAACUUUUACCUCUCUUCACACAUACAUACAUAUGUAUAAAUAAUGCAUACGGUUUCUGAUUAUAUUCGGAUCACAAUUGGAAUACUUUUUACGUUAUACCCUGACUAUAACGCUAAAUAAGGUAAAAUUGUUUUGGUUUCGUUUCAAAGUUGGUCAAUAAGAAGAAAUGACUAACGGAACAACAGAAAUCUUAAAUCAAAAUAUUUAACCAAGCACGGUUUCAAAACUUAUUAAAGUAAAAGGAAUAAGGAUAUGUACGACAGUAAUAAAAUUCGAAAGGUGCAAUAUGCCACAGAUGCAUUUACGGAGGAUAAGCUAAACGACAACGAUAACGCUCAUGGAGACGAACUAAUGUGAUACUACAACGAUACAUGUACAGACAUAUCAUAUACAUACAUACACAAAUCAUUAACUUUGAGAUAUUUACAACCGUUUGAGAUUUAACCAAAGACUUUUCUGAAAGACUUGUCAAAGACAAUAUUUUGAAAUGGAACAUCUGGACCUGGCGGGAUAUCUGGCUAACACAGCAACAUGUUGGAACAGCCUUGGUGCAUUUGAACAGCAAGAGGCUGUCUUCUUGUCAAGCUCGCGGCAAAUGUUAGAACCUAUCAUAGAGGAGACCAGCGAGGACGAAGAGCAUGCCCAGGUCAGUUGGAACGGCCAGGAGCAGCGUAGCAGCUUUUGGAGCUCCACGGGCUCUGUCAUAUGCAAUGAAGUAACAAAGGAUGUCGAUGCCAUUUCCGAACGGGACUUCGCUUGUCCACCAAAACGUCCUCGCCGUUGCCAGGAAAUAGAGCUUCCACAGGUUGUGGAGGACAUUGUCCAAAUGCGACGCACUCCUCGCCAUGAAACAGAAGCUCACAACAGCAUGGAGCGUUUUCUCGCCGCGGAGGGCUGUACGCGAGACAGCUACGGUAGCCAAGGGCAAAGGAACAGUACAGGCAGUCGGCGCGGUGGCGCAACUUUUGAUGACUACUACUCGGAUAACGACUCGUACCAUUCACUGUCUCGCAGCUCGUCCUUGGUGCAGUUCGAAUCCCUGGAGCGGCAGCUCACGCUGCAGGAGCAGCACCUCAGCUUGAAUAGCCUGGGCAACAGCUCCCCUUCGCUUCUCAGCUGUGACCUGGGCGUCGGUGCCAGUACCGGUACCAGUGAUAGCAAUCCAGAGAGCCGGCGGGGCUCCGCAUCGUCCUUGUCUUUAAUGAAGCGCUACGAGUCAAGCGACGGACGCCUGCACCAGACUUACUAUGAAUUGAACAAACUGGAUCUAGAAGACCAGCACCAGCGACAGUUGUUCUCUAAGGGCCUGCACCAGGCUGGGAAUAAGUCCGACUUGGAGUCCUGCUCAAGCUCCACCUCUAGUUCCAGCUCCAGCUCUAGCUCUGACAGAAGUGGCCACAGUAUGUUAAACGCGGGGCAGGGCACCGGGGGGAAAGUGCAAGCUGGCAGUAAAGAUGUGGACGAAACUGCCUCCAGGCGAGUGCCGCUCAACUCAGCAGAGAAUUUGUCUGAGGAUUCUGGCUACUGCGAACCAAGCACGCAGCAUCGUAGCGAAAAGCCUAUAGCAAUACCCAAGAAUUUUGACAAGCUUUGCGAGGAGAGGGAGGAGGAGCUACUGCUGCUGGAGGAGAUCUCGCAUCAUUCACGAAACUCCAAUGGCGGACAUGAUUUGUAUCAGCCAAAAAUAGAGCAGACAACGGACACGGCUGCUAUGCCCUGCUCUCCGUCUUCUCCAUCGUCUAUAAAUAGUUCUUCAGAGAGGACCGGCUCUCAGCCAGAAUCGGUGGCACCGUCGCCGUCUCCGAGCGGAUCUGUAGCCUCCUCUUCGUCAUCCACCGCAUCGUUUACGUGGCUGCGCAAUAGUUUGCCCGAUAUACGCGAGCCGCGAGGUUCGCCGUCGCCCAGCAGAGCAAUUGUUGAUACAGAGGCACACACCCACGGCUACGUGCUGGCCACCACUAGCAGCAACACAAACGAAAUCAGCAGCGGGAGCCGCAGCAGCAGCUCAUCCUCGGGCCACUGUUCGCCGCUCCUGGGUGUCACCACCAAUUCGCUACCCAGCGGGCUGCAACAGUUGGGCCGUCGGCGUCGACCCCGUCUCAGCCGCCGCAGCCAGCGGAACUGCCAAAGUAGUGGCAGCAGCUCCAGUGACGGGUUGGAUUUGGAGAUAGAGGAGAGGCGUGACGACUUCUUCCUCGACGGACACAGUCUGCCGCGAACUGGGCGCAGCUGCAGCUGGACUGAUCGCAGACCAACGCAAGCCUUUACAGAGAGAGCUGUGUUGGGUGUGGCCAGCGCGGGAUAUUUAAACGCUAGCUAUCAAAACCUCACGCUUCUCGACUACACAGGCCAACAGCCAAAGUCCGAGCAGCUCCAAAUGAAUCACAAGAGAAACCAGUCAGCUGAAACUAAGAUGUCCGACCACGACGGCAGAAUCUCUGGCGGGGAUUAUGAGCAGAUUAUAUGCAAAGGCAACUUUUUGCUCGAUGAGAUCAGCAAGAUAUACGACAAGAAUGUUUCGAUCUUGAACGAUAAGCCCGUUGUGGAACCGGAGGAGGAGCAACCACAUGACCAGGUCGAUUCAGAAGCCGUCCCUGAGGAAGUAGAACAAGCUCAGCAUAUUCAGCUGACGAUAAGAAAGGCACCGCCACUGCAUAAGUUUGGGGAUAAGCAUGGAGAUGAAAGGCUCCAGCUGGAACCGUAUCUGGAGGCACAACCACAGUUGACUUUCAGCAGCUUCGGCAAGAAGACAUUUGACCAGGACCCCACUAACCUGCGGACCUCCUAUACCCAGAGCUUGGAGCAGUGCAACUUCACUGCUCAAGAGGUGAUUCCGGCCAAACCUCCGCCUCCGCCGAGGUCCUCAUCUGCUCAAAGAGCUCUUCCCAAGCGGCGCUUCCUCCAAUCGCAGGCAGCGGCCGCCAAGCAGCGCAGCCUGGUCAGCAGCACGCCAAAUCUCUCCGCUUACGAAGACCUGCGGCAGGAGCCGGAGGACGACAUUUAUGUGAGCAGUGCCCACACUUCUAUGCACCAACUGCCUCAGAAUUCCACUGAACCAAAACCACUGGGCAUAUUGCUGCCGGCCGGCUCUCGGAAUUCCUUCAGCAAGGAGGUGAGUUUCUGCCCCGUGGUUAGCAAGUAUUGCUGGCAGGAGCAGUCGUCUGAGGAGCCGCCAGAUGGCGGCCUUUCCGGCGAGGGCGAGCAAUCACUUUCGAGUGACGACGAGCUCCUGGACAACGCGGACGCCACUGUCAUGCACAACACCAAAGAGAACGAGAAUGUCGCCGCACGGUACACCGAAGAGCAGAUGCGGCUGCAAAGAGAGGUGCCAAGAGAAGCGACAAGAGAAGCGCCUAGAGAGGCGCUCAGAGAGCCGGCGAUCGGUGCCGAAGAGAGCGACGAGAACAACGAAAACAUCGAAAUUAACAACGCCUCACCCGAAGGCCAGACGAGUGUCGAAGCUAAAACCGAGGCCGGAUCGGAAUCCGAACCCGCCUUAAACAGGGCCGCUCUGGGAACGAACAAUGUCGGCCGCUUAGUCGACGUCGCGAACUCAUCAUCGUUGGUAAACCAGCCACCACUAGCUCGUUCUAGUCGAUCGGUAAUCGCCGCAGCCGCAGCCGCACCUGCCAGCGCCCCCGCUCGACCUUUGAGCCUCCAUCUGCCCAUUCUCAGCGAGCCGCCCACCAAUCGCGCACACCACAUCCUAUACGCCUCCCAGCAGCUGCUGCAGCGCUACGAGACGGAUCCAGAUCAACAGAUCCGCGAGAUGACGACACCGGAUGACCCAAAGCCGAAGGCUAUAACCAUGGCCACUGGCAAGACGGAUGACAAACAUCCCAGCUCCAAGAGUUUUCUCUCCAGAUUUGCCAACGGCCUGCGCUUUUCGCUGCGCCGCAAGAAAAAGCAACAGAAGGUGGAAAAGCCGGAGCCCAAGGAGGAGCCGAGGCAGCCGACGAUAAUCAAAGCAGCUUCUGCUCCAGUGCCUCCGAAGACCUCGAGGGAGAGCGGUGGUAGGGCAGUAGACUUCAUACACAUACCACUAAAGCCUCCACGAGCUGUGCACUCCAGCCCACUGGAGGAAAGUCAGACCGCCUUGCAGCCGGAACAGCUGACAAAGACAUCAACCCUCCAAAAGGUAGUCACCGGCAAGCCCCCGUUGCCAAAACAGACUCGCAGCAGCAGCCUAGCGCAUGCGCCUCAUGGAGUCACCAGUGCUGCCCAUGCCAGCGAUGCACUACUAAGCGCCGAACGGGAGGAAUACCAGCAGUUCGCCGGUCAGUUGACAGCGGGAAUUGAUGCGACCAGAAUGCGGGACAGCCAGUCUCCGUCUCGGGCGAGUGUCGCCCAAAAAACACAGAUGUUCAACCAGCUGGGCGGAGUUAGGCCCACCAUGGUAACCGCUGUGCCAGUGGCUGUGUCGCCCGUGAACGAGGACGGCUUAAUGGGUCUAAUCGAGACUAAUCUGGAUACCCACGAGACGGUUAUCUCUGGCAAGACUCGCUCUCUAAUGGACAUAACUUCCAACCCGCUUGGGCAGCCGCACAAGCGGUAUAUUGUGAAACGUCUGAAAGUUACCAGUGCGGCAUACAACACGGACGACCUGGAUCUGGAUGGAGAGGACGUUGUCAAAACAGCGUCAAGAGGAGGAGGAGCAGGAGGUGUUCAAAUCGCAUCUAUUCGAAGGCCCCACAAGAGCAUGGAGUUUCUGCUGGACAAAGAGAAUCAGAGAAAUACAUUGCCUCCAGAGAACGAGCUGCAGAAGCUUCAUGAUCAGAAUCCUGCUGCUUUAAGCGAGCACCAGUUGCGUGUCCAGGCAUCGCUCCAAAGGCUCAAUAUCCCCGACUGGUUCCGACAUUAUAAUCAGGGCUCCGGACAUGUUCCAGCAGAUGGAUGCACUACCGCUGGCGGCUAUCGGCCGGGCAACUUCACCCGAAAGCGCACACAGGAGUCGGGACGCUGGCAGGGGCUCAACUCGAAGACGACGUCGCUCAGCUCGCUGGGAUCACAUCGCUCUGACCGGAGCCCCUUGCUCCUGAGUCCCUCAGCGCAUAGUCACCACGGCGGGCAGAGUGGGUCGGCGGCGGUUCACGGGUCGGUGCACGCACAGACCAGCGCGGGAUCUACUCGCUGGUCCACAUCACAAUUAAACUCAACCCAGACGUCGCCCAGCGUCUCGCAGCGUAGCAGUUUUGCUCGAGGCGCACCCAUUAACAGCAGCUUUAUGUCGGUAGCAAGUAGCUCCGGAGUGCUGCGCAACUCCUACCGGCAGCCUUACCUCGGCUGGCGCAGCACUGAGAAGCUGUCGCAGCGGACGCCCCAUGAACGACUGGCGAACUCUCUGUUGGCACAACGCACUACCCCGUCCCCCACAUCGACGCCCAACGGCCCGCGAACCCAACGUCCCGAGGCGCCGGAUAUUCAGAGUUCAAUAAAGGAGGUGACCUCCGCCAUUGUGCAUUUUGUGAACGACCAGCAACAACAGCAAACACAGCAUCAGAACAGCCGUUCAGUCAGUCCAAAUUCGAGAAAAUGCUGGCUGGAGAGCAGCUUUGUCGGCACCCGGCCCCUAGAUUCGCCCCAGACUCCCGACAUUGACCGCAGCCCGCCCGCGUCGGCCCAAGCCCAGCAGCAGAAUCCGCAGCAACUUCACACGCACAACCUACGUCUGGAUGGCAGUCUGUCGCCGGUGAACGCAGCUGGACAGCCGCCACUUCGCAUGAACGGACUCAGCCGUGUCGGCGGCGGUGGCGCGCCCGAACGCUCGUUGAGCAGCGCUUCGUUAGAAGACGUCCUUGCCUCGCUUUUAGGACUACCGGCUAACUCUUCAUCCAGCCAAAACAGCUACCGCACCACUAACAGCAGCAGUACCCAACCAGCGCCUACGACGACAGCACCAGACGUAGCUAGUCGGCAACAGUUGGAUGCGCUAUCCGUGUCUGAGCAGCAGCGACUCCGACGUCGCAGUGAGGGGGACUCCCCCCAGCAAAAGAAGUUGUCCCAAGAACAGCCGCAAUCGAAUUCCACUACCCAGUCGCAAUCGCAGUCCAUUGGAGCAGAUUCAAGUAGCAAGCCAAAUGUCUCUGGGAUCCGGCGCGUCUCGCUGGACGAAUCAGAGUCCAAAAAUCAGCAUGCGUACAAAGCAGGAGGCAGUAACCAGGUCAGCUGGGAGCUGGGAUCGGGGUCUGGGUCUAGGCUACAGAUCCGCUGCCGGAACACCAAAUGCGAGCAGAGCGCCUCGCCCAGCGACGCCAAGAAGUUAUUCAAGUCUUGCCACAAUUGUUCCCAUCUAUACUGUUCACGCGAAUGUAGGCGAGCCCAUUGGGAGAAGCAUCGCAAGGCAUGUUUGCACUCACGUGCCUCCAACCUGUGCCGCCAGGUGUUAGCCACCUGCAAGGACGAUCUGGACUCUCAACGCCAUCUAAGCCUGUUGGCGCGGAAGGGCAGUCUCUCGCAAGGAAGGGGUGUGGUGCGGGUGCUCUUUCGGAGUGCCGAGGCUGCGGAAGGGUUUAUUAAGAACGGGUUUCAGUGCAUGGGCGAGGCCUCCUACGUGCGCUGGCCGGACCUGAUGCCUGCCGAGAUGGGCCUGGAACUGUACUCGGAACUGCUUAAACUCAGUACAGAGUAUAAGCCGGAGUCAAAGAUGCUUAUUUAUGUAGCCAUAUGCGUAGUCUCCGAAGCGCCGGGCAUGGGACAGGCACCAGUGCGGUGGGAGCGUCAGCUGGUUAGCCGCUGCGCCAAACUGAAGCUCUGCAAGGUGGUCCUGUCCGCGCUCGAGCAACAGGAGCAGGCUCAGCAGCAAACACAGUCUGUGUCGGCUGUGGCCGUUCCUGAAUGUACCGAGAUCCUCAUCCUCACAUUUAACCCCGGCCAGCGCUCUUUGCACGGAAACCGGGAACUGAUUCUUUGCAACAUCCUGGAUAUUUUAUCACGUCGGGGGGUCUUGCUCCGCAAGCACUAUCCCGAGAUCUUUCAGCGCCUACAAACCUACACCGAGGGCCAGAGCGAUAAGUUUAACCCAGUGACGCUGCAUCCUCGGGACUCACAAUCAGGCCAGAGCUUCGUCUGCAUCAUCAUGCCAGUGCACACGGAUAGCGAGUUUAUCAAGCUGCCUUCGGCGGCAGAUGGCGGCAAUCGGGUGACCACUAUCGACGUAGGGUCACCUGCCGCCUUGGCCCAGAUGGACGACGAUGAGCUGCUCUUGCGCACUACAACAUCAAGUUGAUUGAAGGCAAAUGACAAUUUCUGCGGCGGCGGUCGACAAAGAAGCAGCCGCUGCAGUAGUGCCUCGCCUCCCCACAUACUUGACUAUGGUGACGCCGUAGGAUGUGGCAUUGAGAGCACCCGUAUGUGAUGCGAUGCGUCUUCUAUUUGCCCCUCUAACACAUAUGUCUUUAUCAUCGGCAUCAAAGAACGCUUAAGCAUAAAAUCCAAGUUUAUAGCCGUUAACUGGUACGUUUCCGAAAAUCUGCUUUAUCAUAAAAAAUUACUGGAGUAAGAAAAAUUCUUAAAAAUAAAACUAGAUAAUUUAAAAGUCAAAUUAAAACCCUGAAAUUUACCAAUAGGGUACUACGGUAUUAUAACUUAGUGCCCACCGAGAAUGUAUGUAUGUAUAUAACAGACAGACAGACAAAGCUACUAAGGUGGGUGACGACUUGUUUGCAUUCCUCACGCCUGCCACUGCUGCAAGAAAUCAUGAAAAACUUGUAAUGAAACUAUAACCAAAACUUCUCUAAAAGUUUAUAGAUAUUGAUUGAAAUCAACGGAAAGAAUAAUGAAUUAUCAUUUAAGAUUAAUAUACUUUUUAAUCUUUGACUGUUUUGAGAAUUUCUUUAUAAGUUAGUUAUAAUUGUUACAAUUUAAAAUAAUUUAUAUUUUAAAUGUGUUAAAGUGCAUCGAAUGCAAGUCUUAUUACAUAAAAAGUUCAAAUGACAAGAAAGUAUGGUUAAACGAAAUGUCGCGACAGAGAUUCAAAUUUCAUUAAAAAAAACUACUCAAUACUUUUAAGUAAAAAAAAACUUUAUUAAGAUAUCAAUACAUUUUAGAAUUACCUGUAUAAAAAUGGUCGAUCACAUUUGGCUAACAACAAAAAGUUAAUUCUGUCUGGUCACGUGCAAAAAACUUACAUUUCGCAUCAACAAUAAGGCAACGUAGGAGUACCGUUAUUCGAAUGUUGUCAAAAUAAAAAUUGGUCUUCGGUUUUUUUUUUCACUUGUCGCAUUUUUGUAAUAGAGUACGGACGAACUUGGGGAGUUAUUAGACAAUAAAGCUGAUUAGUCGGGCCUUUGACCUUGGCUUAAUCCGAAUGAAACUUUUUAAACGGUCAAUAUUUCAAUUAUAGGUAGAAUAUGUAUGUGUUAAUCGAAACAGAUCAGGCGUCUUGUUUUGUUUGUUUCCAUUUCUAUUAUUUAGAAAGCUAAAAUUUCGACUGCAGAAUGAAAGCAUAAAAGAAUUAACCCUUUUUAUGUUUUAGAGGUAACGAAACUACGUUUUUUUCCUAUUUGGCUUAUCUAAAUUUCGUAAAUAUUUAAAAUGUAAUAAAAUAUCCAACCUUUGAAUCCCAGAGCACAUAUACAUAUGUACAUUUGGAAAAUUACAUAAAAAGGGAUUUUCAUACCCUUGCAGAGAUGACCCUAUACAUUUUUGAAGCAAUCUGAACUUUGCAGAUAGUCUGCUGACUAUUCUCACUACUAGAUACAUAUAUCGGUACUGGCCAAAUCGGUCGACUAUAUUAUAUGGCUGCCAUAGGAACAAUCGUAAAAAAAUUAAAACUUCGCUGUUUUUCAACAUAUGUUAAUGUGAAUGUUUAAUGAUGUUAAAAAAAAAAAACAAUGCUUUAAUUUUGUUUCUAAAAAUGUUACUGCAAUUGUGUGGCAACCAUAAGAUAUAAGAAUGAGAAAAAGCAAGUGUCUCACGGUCUAAGGUACGAGUAACCAUCUUGGGUGUGUUCGAUUACGAAUGAACACGACUGUGUUCACCCGGUACCCAAAGAAUCGUUCAUGAAAUUAUGAGAAACAUAGAUAUGGCCACAUAAACGUAUCCUGCUAAGAAUAUGUUGCACAACACCCAAAUAAAGGCAAAUGUUUCCAGAAACAGCCAUUGGUGCUGCCAACACAAAUGUUGCAGAAGUUCAUAGAAGCAUACACAGGAACUUCAUUGUCUCAUAACUCCCACGUUUAUAUUCAAAUUAUACUCAAUGACAACACCAUUCAUUAAUUCGACAACACUUAUUUCCUUACACAAAAAAUCACUAAUUUAUUUUAGUUACGGUUUUUCAUGAUUUGUGAGGGCGAAAAUGACCUUGCCCACAUAUCAAAAUAAACUUGAUCUGCGUGCAACUGAAUGUUGUCAAGAAGUGUAUCACUUGGUUAAUCUCUGAGAUCUGCUGCUGUAAACCGGCUAACAUGGAAAAAUGACUUGGCUGGUGAUGACGAUCUAUGUAUACUACGUCUGCCUGUUAAACAUAUUCUCUCUUCUGAAAACAAACUUGAUCCGUGUGUAACAGAUACACAUUUUGGUACUGGAUGCAGGGGAAUGCGGUAAUAAGUUAUAGGCACAUAACUCAAGAUAUAGUUUAUCUAUAUAUCCGGAUUGUAUACACAUGUAUAGUAUUAUAGUAUUAUCAAUAAAUCAUGUUUUUAAUUUGCUCACAUAUGAUCAUUAUGUUAAACUAUAGAACAAUUUUAAACCGGCAUGACCUCAGAGCUUUCAUACCAUGUAGCCUAGGUACACAAUUACAAAUAAAUUCCAACCGAUAAUGUAUAUCUGACUCUCGGUUCGUGUGAAACAACAGAUCUCUAUAGGGGGUAGGGUACCGCAUCCCACACAGGUCAAGUUAAACGUUUGGAUGUAUUCGCUACCAAUAAACCAUGGUGAUUAAUAAAUCCUCUGUUCUGUUGAGUUCAGUAAAAUUGUAAAUUUUGUAAUAUGUGGAUAGCCCCUUAAAUCCACCACUAAAAAAAAACAUUUUCCUUUAAAAUUAAAGCACAAACGCCUUAGUACCUGGUGUUCCACAGUCGAGAGCGCUUCUUAAUUUUAUAUAUACUUACGUGCUAAAAACACCUCCAGUAAUUUGUUUUUUUAAUUACCUUUUAAAUUUACCCAAUUAUUUAUUGAUAUCAGGUUAAUAUUUUUAAAAUAGUGUUUUAGCAAAGUGACCAACAGAUGCGCAAGUGGUCUAAAUUCACUUCUCUUGUUAUGUUGGCAAAAAUAUAUACAUAUAUAUAACUCUUAUGUCUAAUGAAAAUUAAAAUUAGAAUAUUAGCAUCAAAUCCCCUCACAAAAACGCUUUAUUCGACAAAUAAAACUUUUGAACGCAAAGUUGGAAAAGUCUAAAACAAAGAAAAAUAAAUACAAACUUGUAAAUGAAAAAGAUAUGAAUAAAAAAAAACCAACGCUUCGCUGGACGGGUGAAAACAAAAUUCUUGUGUAUAAACAUUGAAUAAGCCAAUUCUUACUGCUUUUUGCAAUUUAAAUUAUUAUAUAGCAUUUAAAGCAAAAAUCUCUUAUUUGUUUUACUUUUUGAAAAAAAUUGUACUUGGUUAAUAAUACUAAGCAAAGAAAUAUGUUCACUGUUUUAAAUUAUACUAGUCAAAUUUGAUGUUUUAUCCAAUGUGUAAUAAUUUGCAAAAGAAAGCCGUUUACUUAACUGAAUAUUUUGAAAAUGAUUUAAAAAUCACAUUUUAAUAAAAACUGAAAAAAAAAAUAUUUCAGAAGUAGCCGACAAAAGUGCUCUCUUCAA